AUAACAUAUGUUAUUCUGUAGAAAUAUUCAAAGUACUAUUUCAUUAUUAACUUUAAUUAUUGUUUUAUUUUAUAAAUUUCAUGUUAUACAUUUUUUAUAUGAAAAUGAAUUCAAAAUUAUUAUCUAUUACAAUUGUGGUAUCUUUAUUUGUACUCUCUAAAGGUUUAUCUUGUUUUAGAAAAGGAAAAGUUCAAAAGACAAAUUUAGAAAAGGAAAAUAAUGAAAUCACAAAUUUAGAAACGGAAAAUAAUGAAAUCAAUAAUAAAGCAGAUUUAGAAAAGGAAAUUAAAGCAUUUGAUACAGAAGAGAAAAAUGAUGUAGCUGUAUGCCCUUAUUGUCAAUAUCCACCUGAAGGAGAAACUAUUACAGUACUAUGUUGCUCACAUAUUUUUUGUAAAGAUUGUUUUGAUAAAGAUAAAGCUAUAAGAAAUUCGAUUGAAAAAUGCCCAAUUUGUGGUAAAAAUAUAGAUGUAUGUGGUCUGUGUAAGAAGAAAAUAGUUACUGGAGAAAUUUAUAAUUCAAAUUGUUGUAAAACAAUACAUUGUACUGAGUGCUAUAAAAGAUUUCGCCAAUAUCCUAUGUGCAAAGCAUGUCAAUUUCGGGAUCAAAAAUAUACAUUAAUUCUUGACUUUAUUUUCGUAUUUAUAUACGAAAAUCCUAGUGAGACAAAUAAUUAAUAUAAAUAUAAAUAAAAUUUUUCAAAGUUUUUAAAAGUUAGUUUAGUAGAAUAUUUAGUUUCAUAAUAUAAAAUAAAAUUUUAAUUACAUUAUUAAAUUUUGCAAAUAUAAAAAUUCAAAAAUCCUAGUAAGACAUAAAAAAUAGAAAAUUACAUUUUUCAAUGUUUUUAAAAGUUAAUUUAGUAGAAAAUUUAGUUAAAUAAUAUGUAAAAUAAACUUUUGCAAAUGUUAAUAUCUUUAUUAAAAAUUUGUAUUAAAAGCAUAUUUUUGCAAUGAGUCAUAUCCCAAAGAGUUCAUUUUAUUAUUAUAAAUUAUUGAUCGGUAUGUACAGUGAAUCAAGG